GAGAGAUACACACAGAGAUCAUUCAACAUAAAGAAGACAAACAUCCUGUGAGGAGAAUCAGAACUGCUGUGAAGCUGAACUCAACUCACAAUGAAGAUCCUCCUCAUCUUCACAUUCUACCUCAUCUCAGGUUCAGUGAGAUGCUUUGAUGUAACUGGAUAUUCUGGAGGAAGUGUAAUCGUUGAUUCUGGGAACCUUUGGUGUGAUGAGUGUUCUAAAUACAUGGAUAAACAUGACCCAUGGACAACUAUAAUAUAUUAUAAGAAACAUGAUCAAUUGAUUACUGAAGGAAGAUUCACUCUGUAUCGCAACAAUGAUGGAAACCUCAUGAUCUUCAUCAGAGAACUGAACACACAUGAUACUGGAAGAUACUGGAUUGGGGUUUAUUGGCAGUGGUCCAUUGAAAUGUUUCUUAUUGUGAAUAAAGAUUCAAGUUGUAAUGUGUCGAAGAAUGUGAUGGUUAAUAUUGGAGAAAUUUCCAUCAUCAGCUGUGAGUAUUCACAAAAUAAAAUUUAUGAUGUCAGGUUUAUAUGCAAACAAGGAAAAGACUCCAUUGAUGAGGUGAUACACAGCACUGACACAUGGAAUAAAGGAAGAUUCAGCAUUUCUGAUGACAGAAAUAAAAAAGUCUUCAGUGUGAAUAUUACUUCUGUGACAGUAGAUGAUGUAGGAGUUUAUUUAUGUGGAGUACGAGUCUAUAGAUACUCGUACAGUAACUCCAUUAUUACUGCUGUUCAUCUACACAUUAUAAAUAAAGUGGGUUCAUAUAAAGUGACCGGUUACUCAGGAGGUCAGAUCAUCAUCAAGUGUGAACACCCUCAGUACAAAACCAACCCUAAAUAUAUCUGUAAAGAAUCAGAUGGAUGUUCUGAGAGGAAGUAUCCAGGAGUUGAGAAUAAAUGGGUGGAAAAUGGAGAUGUUUCUUUAUAUGAUGACACCAGAGGAGGAGUCUUGAUGGUGUUCUUUAGAGAUCUGAAUGCUGGAGAUGCUGGAACAUACAGGUGUGGAGUGAACAUAUCUCAAUAUACUGAAUGGUUUACUGAAGUCAAACUGGAUGUUAAAGAUGAUGCAUCAUUAGUACAGAGAGUGUAUAAAUCGGUUUAUGUUGGUGAGGAAGUGAACAUCACCUGUCAGAUCCCAGAGGAACAUGAAGUCAGUUCAAAACACUUUUGUAAAGAGGAUGAUGAUCACAUCUGUCAAACUGUCAACACAUCUGAAGUGACACAAAUGAAUUCUUUAUCUGAGAGAAAUGCAGCAAGAGUUUUUACUGUGAGCAUCAGUAAUCUGACAGUGAGAGAUGCUGGAGUUUACUGGUGUGGUACAGAAACCAGUGAAGAACAUCUGAGUUUCAUCUCUCUGACCACUAAAGUUCAACUCAACCUGAUAAUGCCUCCUGUAUUUGGUCAUGAAGGAGAAUCUGUUGAGAUCAUCUGUCCUUAUGAUCCGAUCUAUAAAUCAAAGUCAAAGUAUCUCUGUAAGGGGACGUGCUCCACUAGAGAUAGAAAUCCUCUCACUGAGACUGUGAGAGACCAGAAUGAGACCAAGACUGGCAGAUUGACUCUGAAUGAUGACAUCAUAGCAAGUGUCUUUACUGUGACCAUCACUGGACUGACAGCAGAGGAUGCUGGGAAAUACUGCUGUGCAAUGACAUUAGAAAGAGACGUGAAUUGUCUUUACACUCAUCUGAUUAUUAUCAGGAAACAAGAGAUGAUCUUGAAUCAGUAUGAAAGAGACAACAUCUCAAUCAAGUGCAAACAUCAUGAUGAACAUCAGAAAUUCUUCUGUAAAGGACAUCAAGCCUCAGUGUGUGCAAAGGAUGGAGUUUCAUUGGAGACAAUCAGAGAUGAUGGAUUCUCUUUAAGUGAUGAAACAUUGACUGGAGUCUUUACUGUAAACAUCACUGAUCUGAGACAAGAGGAUUCUGGGAUAUACUGGUGUGGAUCUGAUGUCAUCACUAAAGUCAUUCUAGAAGUGAAAAACAGUGUUUCUGGUCCAAUAAUUGCUGGUGUUUGUGUGGCUUCACUGCUGAUGGGUGGAUUAGUUCUGUUAUUAUACAAAUUAAGACACAUCAAGACACCAGAUCGCAGCACCUCCAGAGACAGGACAGAGAUGAGGAAUGCACAGGUCCCUCAUGUUCCCUGUGACUAUGAGAAUAUUAACGACAUCAGACCGUAUUUCGUCUCACAUUCUGAGGAAACUGUACAAUAUUCCACCAUGAAGCUACCCACAGAAUCUUCUGAUCCACACAACAUGAUAUAUUCUACAGUACAGUUACCAUCAAACUCCUCUGAUGGGCUCCUGUAUGCUGCUGUCAGAUUCCAGAAACAUGAAGAUUGUCUCACUGAUGAUACAGACACAUUCAGUAAAAAGAUUUACUCUGAUUAUGCAUCUGUAAAUCACCUCACAAGACUGAAUUAACUCAAAAAGACAGAUUAUUGUAUUGUAUUGUUCUAUACAUUUUGCAUUGGUUCAAUGGAUAAUCUUAAAGAAAAAGCUCGAUGUUCACUCAUGCAUGUUCAUGGAAAAUGAGGUACAGUGUGUGACGGAGGUAUUUUUUCAUGGUAAAUAUUGUGGAGAAAAAAAGUGAUCGUUAACAAUGAAACAAUUAAAUUGUGUUAUUGUAUCAUUACUAUUGUUUAAUAAUAAAGAUUGUAGUGUAAUAUUACAGUUUCUAUGAAUACAAAAAAAUUAAUCAAU